UCCUCCGCUCCCCCUUCCCCGGGGGGCGGGGUCUCUUUCUCUUUAAAGAGCAGACGGUCUCCGCGCAAACCCAGGCUCUCUAAGGCCCCGGGGGCCCGGGACCCGAGCUGCUAGCAGCCAAUGGGCGCGGUGGAGUGGCUCGAGCGCGGCUGACGCUACACCAAUGGGCGUUCGCGGGGGGCGGGGGCAGCGGAGGAGACACUAUUGUUGAUGAGGAGGAGCGGCGGCGGCGGCUGCACCACCUCGUUGCUGCCGGCCGCGGCCCGGGCGCCCCCUGCUCCCCGGAUUCCGGCUUCGUCACCCCGUCGCAGGGACCUUCCCUUCGGCCUCGAGAAUCCAACCCCUGCAACCCAACAACAACAACCCCCCCCGUCUCGCCCAGUCACCGGGGAGGGGGGGACCAUGUCCCAGCGGGUGAGGCGCAAUGGGUCCCCCACGCCGGCCGGCUCCCUCGGGGGCGGUACGGUCGCCACGGCCGGGGGAGCCGGGAGCCGCCUACAACCCAUGAGGGCGACGGUUCCGUUCCAGCUGAAGCAGCAGCAGCAACAUGGCAGCCCCACGCGGAGCAACGGCGGCGGCGGCGGCAACAACGGCGGCUGCUGUGGUGGCGCCUCAGGCCCCUCAGGCGGCGGCGGCGGCGGCGGCGGCGGAGGCCCGCGCACCGCCUCGCGCAGCACGAGCCCCACGCGCGGCGGCGGGAGUGCGGCCGCGCGCACCAGCCCCACAGUGGCCACGCAGACGGGCGCGUCCGCGACGUCCACGCGAGGCACCAGCCCCACGCGCGGCGCCGCGCCCGGGGCUCGCGGGAGCCCCCCACGGCCCCAGCCCCCGCCGCCGCUGCUGGGCACCGUGUCGUCGCCUUGCUCGUCGCCCACCCACCUGUGGACUGGCGAGGUGAGCGCAGCCCCACCCCCAUCCCGCGUCCGGCACCGGAGAAGGUCCCCGGAGCAGAGCCGUAGUUCCCCGGAGAGGAGGAGCCCAAGCGCCCCGGUUUGCAAAGCAGGUGACAAAACACGACCACCAUCCUCGAGCCCCUCUAGUAUUAUCCGCCGGACUUCCUCUCUGGAUACACUUGCUGCUCCAUACCUUGCAGGACACUGGCCUCGUGAUAGUCAUGGGCAAGCUGCUCCUUGCAUGAGGGACAAGGCUACACAGACAGAGAGUGCAUGGGCCGAAGAAUACUCUGAAAAGAAGAAAGGGUCUCACAAGCGUUCAGCAUCGUGGGGCAGUACAGAUCAACUUAAGGAGAUUGCAAAAUUACGCCAGCAAUUGCAGAGAAGUAAACACAGCAGUCGACAUCAUCGAGAUAAAGAAAGACAAUCUCCAUUUCAUGGCAACCAUGCAGCUAUUAACCAGUGUCAGGCUCCUGUUCCAAAGAGUGCACUUAUUCCAGUAAUUCCCAUCACCAAAUCAACAGGCUCCCGGUUCCGGAAUAGUGUGGAAGGAUUGAAUCAGGAGAUUGAAAUAAUCAUUAAAGAGACUGGGGAAAAGGAAGAACAACUUAUACCACAAGAUAUUCCAGAUGGCCAUCGUGCACCUCCCCCCCUCGUCCAGAGAAGUAGCAGCACACGCAGCAUCGACACGCAGACCCCUGGUGGGGCAGACAGGGGGAGCAACAAUAGCAGCCGCUCUCAGUCUGUGUCCCCCACAUCAUUCCUCACCAUCUCAAAUGAAGGUAGCGAAGAGAGCCCUUGUUCAGCUGAUGACCUGCUUGUUGAUCCCAGGGAUAAAGAGAAUGGGAACAACUCUCCUUUGCCCAAAUAUGCAACCUCACCAAAACCUAACAACAGUUAUAUGUUCAAAAGGGAACCUCCUGAGGGCUGUGAAAGAGUCAAAGUCUUUGAGGAAUGCUCGCCAAAACAACUCCAUGAAAUCCCAGCCUUUUACUGUCCUGACAAAAACAAAGUGAAUUUCAUUCCUAAAAGCGGUUCUGCCUUCUGCCUCGUCAGCAUCCUCAAGCCACUCCUUCCCACACCAGAUCUCACCCUCAAGGGCUCUGGUCACAGUCUGACAGUUACCACUGGUAUGACCACCACUCUGCUGCAGCCUAUUGCUGUGGCUUCCCUGUCUACAAACACAGAGCAAGACCGAGUCUCUCGAGGAACGAGUACAGUCAUGCCAUCAGCCUCUCUACUCCCACCACCAGAACCCAUUGAGGAAGCUGAAGGAUAGGUCACAGGGCGGUGUGGCCGUUUUUCUGGGCAACUGAGAACCUCCUCAGAUCAUUUCAUUGUGAAGGCAUCACACACUCCCAGUUGGCUGUGAAGUGCUCCAGCUUUCUGCGGUGACGAGUCACAGUGUGACUUCUGGAAGAAGGCAGCGCCCUCUGAUGGCUUUGCUCACUCAUGAAGGCCAGUCCUCAUUGCUUAGCCUGCUUUUUCUUAAAGCACCGGUUGAAACAAGAAAGGUCUCAUUAUUUAGUUUUGGAGGGCCAAUAUCACAUCGUUUUUUGUUUUCAAAUUAAACUUCUUAAAAAAAACAAACAACUGAUCCCUGCAAACAUAAUUCCUGAAGGGAGACAUGAAUGAUGCUGCAAGAACCAUCUUUUAUAUGAAAAUGACUAUUUUAUAAUACCAAUGUUACAUUUUCUGAAACGGAGCAAACAGGAUGUUCAAAGAUUCUUUGGUGGCCCCUUGUUUCUUGUUUCCCUUUCUAGGUGUGUGCUUUUCUCAGCUGUUUUCAGCUUUGGGACCAAAGGGAUUGUUGACAUUUUCCCAGCAAUCUUAAUCUCAUGACUAUGUUCUUCUCCCAAACAAGAAUUGAUAGGUAAAUGCAUUGAACAAAUAUAUAACAAGAGAUAAAAAGCAAUAUUAAAUAUUAGUACAUUAUGUGAUUUAUGUUUUUUGAUGUCAGAAGUUUGUGCUUUGGGUGAAAUACUUGUAAACUGCUGUUUUCUUCACUAUACACAUUUCACCAUGUGGUCAGAAAAAUUAUAGUCUGGAGACAAGUGCUUUAAUAUGUUCUCACCCAUCAUUGGAACUUGGUUGAAAAGUCAGUGAGCCAAAAGGAAACUACCCAGUGUUGAUUGCUAGCUAGGAGUAAGGAGCCCCUUUGGUUUUCUACAAAAUACUUAUCCCAUGAUCUCCCUUUAUCAUCACUGUAUCAUAGUUCCAAGAGGUCCUAAAAUGACUGUGCAUGGAUUUCCUCCUUUGCUUUUGUGAUGUUGUUGUCUUGUGGAAUUGGUCAGGGUUAGUAGUUUGCCAGGAGUGUAAUCCAUUGAAUAGCAAUCUGUAGUCACAGAAUCUUGCGACUGACAUUUUCUUUAUGGUGGUUGGCACUGAGAUACGUUGCUUACAGAUUUUGCUGGUUUUCCUCCAGCAUUCCACACAGUGGGGAAGACAGGCCAGGAGAGCUUUGAAGCAUAUAAACAACAGGGAUCUUUGAAAAAUCCAUACAGUUUUGGAUUUUGGCUCAUCUCAAUACAGUCACUGCUGGUAUCACCUGACAACAGUAUUUCCUGUUUGUGUCUGUGGUAGUGAAAUUGAGGAGCAGCUCUUUUUAAAAAUGAGUUUCUGCAAACAGUAUUGAUAAAAAGCAUCCUUCUAAGAUCUUCAUAUACUACCUAUGAUGCAAUAAUUUAAUGUUCCUAUACGUAUUAUAGGGAGAAAAAAGUUUAAAUAUUUGUAAAGAGGAUACAGUUUAGAAGGUUUAAUAAUGUCAGUUUGUUCGGACGUAUACCAUCAGAGGAAACCUAGUGGUAGCAAUAAAUCUUUUGAAAGGACUUCUUAUACUCAUGCACCUUUAAAACAUGCAAAUAAUUAAAAUUAUGUCCUGUGAAGUUUAAAAUGGAGAUGUAUUUAGGCAAAUUAGAUAAAUUCAAACAUUUGAAUAAGUCUGUCAGGUUUCAGCUGGUAGCACUGAUGAAUUUUGGUACCUUCUCCAUCCAAAACUAAUUUACUUGGAAUUAGUACAUUGUGGCUUCUCAAUCAGUAAAACUCAGUUAUUCAGGAUCUAAAUUUUCUGGUUGGUUGGUUUCUUGAGAACCUUGAUUCUUUGCCUUAUUUGUUAUGUGUCUUGACUUUACCAUUUCACCACUGAGAACUGCUCUAUCAAAAGUACAGAAGAAAAGGUAAAACUCGUCAGGAGAGUUGGUAUGAAUGGGAGGAGGAGGAAGUUAAAAACAAGUUUUAAAAAACCCUCAGUUUUUUGAUUACUUGAAUUCCAUUAAAUCUGUUCUUUUCUUUACCUUACACUUACUUUCUUCUGUCCAUUCCUGUAAAUCACAAGGGUAUUUUAUAACUAAAAUGCCACUUUAUAAACAGCUUUUCCCUUUACUCUGUUGUGUAUAUUUGUGUAAUUCACAUCUUUCUGUAGAAUUUCAUAUAUCCUUAAUCUAAAGUAAUUUAAAACCAGAAUGGGAGAACAAGUUUAAGAGUUAUUAUUUACAUAGUCUUAUAAGUGGAACUUUUAAUGUUUGGUUGUAAGGAGAAUGUGAAUUUGCAGGUAAAUUAAUUGUAUGGCAACCAAACAUAUCCCUUGGGUUUGGGAGAAAUAGAGCCUGAGAUUUGAAAGAAAGACAAAAAGGUACAAGGUACAAACAACUCUAACUGCCAGUGCCAAAGGGCUAAUUUUUAAGCAUAUGAGCUUUAUUGCAGUCCUGAAAAAAUAUUAACCAUAGGUCCAUUCAGCUCUUUUGCUUAACCCUUAGUUCACAGAUGGCUGAUUUUUUUAAAAAAUGGAUCUACUUUCAAAAGAAUAUUUUCUAAAACUACAUUCCAUAAUUAUCUUGUUAUUCUGUAGAAAACUGUACAGAAGUUAAAUUAGAAUAGCUUCAAUGGGAAUAUAAUUUAAAUUUUUAAAAGUUUUAAAUAAAUUUACUUCCAUUGCAGUAAAAGAAAUAGGUGACAUGUAUAUUUUGGCAAAAGGAGCUGUUCUCUGGCUAUUUACUUCGUCUUAAGUUUCUUAAGUUAUUUUUUACUUGUGAUUUCUUCCUUGUGAUGAUGAAAACAUAGAACAUUAUUGUUUCUGAUCAUGACUAAGUCUAUUACUUGUCAUAGCUUUUGUUAGCAGUUAUAUUUUUAAAAUACCUGUUCUGCCUCUUUGGUUAAUACGAUGAGCAUGGAUGCCAAAAUUAUUUUUGAACUAGAGUCUUCAUUUUGUUUAAAAUAUUUCUUACUACUUAAGCCAAAUCAGCCUUUUAGAAGGUGCUACUGCUAACUGUGGAGUAACUGGCAACAAGAAAGGCGUUCCCCCCCCUUUUUUUUCUUUUUAAUGGUUGGCUUUUACUGGAAAAGAGAUAUUUUAAAAAAGGGCAGAAUUUAUAGCCUUCUGUAUGUCCGAGAUUAGGACUGGGUUGUCAGGAUUUUCUUCUGUUAAAGGAAAUAAAAGAAAAAUUGCCAUUACUGAAUUCAGUUUACUAUUCUAAACUUAAGAUUCAUUCCUUAAUGCUUGGAAUUUUGAUGUCUCAAAACCGGACCAGUGGAAGUGCUGAAUUUGCAUUAAAAAAAGCUAAGAAUACUUCGCACUUUAAGGUUUAAGUUUUGCUCUGCUUAAAUUAAUGAUAAGCAGAGCAGCCCUGAACAAUAUUUUGUUUAUACAAUCCUGUUGAAUAUAAUUUAUGUUUUUUUUGAAGUCUGUAUCUUUCAUCUCUGUUUAAGCUGUGUAAAUCUUUUUAAGAUGCAAUUUUUAAAAAUUUUGUUUUUCUAACAAAAAUCUCCCAAAAAACAGCAUUUCCAAUGGUGAUAAAUAUUGUUAUUAUGUACUUAUGUAUUCCCUGUAUCUGACACUGACACUUAUUGCUGCCUCACAAGAAAAUAGAACUUUUAUGUUAAAAAUAAAGUCUGUUCUUCUUGAGA